UUCAAAAAUCUAUUUAUUCAUUUAGGAUCAUUUCACAUUAUGCUAUCGUUUUUUAAAGCUGUAGGCAAAUUCAUUAAUGGAUGUGGUUUAACAAACAUGCUUGUUGAUGCCGAAGUUUUAGCGAAUGGAUCUAUAAAUACAUUUCUUACUGGUAAACAUUUUAAUCGCUGCUGUAAAAUUCAUCCAAUAAUUUCACUUGCACUUCAACUAUUGCACGUAGAAUUUUUUUUAGAAAAUAAACAGUAUGAUUUAGAAACAAUUAAAACCUACUUAAAACAUUACUCAGAAAAUGAAAAUGAAAAUCCAGUGAUAAAUAAUGAAUUAUGUCACAAAAUUUUUGAAGAUUAUGCACAAUUUAAGAAAGAUACUUUACAAGGGAACCAUGGAAAGACACCUCAAAUUUUUAUGAUGUACAUACAAUUGAUAGAUUAUUACCUAAUGCUUGAAUUUAGUAUCCGAACUGCUAAUUUUGACAUUUACAAAUAUGUCUUGGAAAAAAUGACAAACAUUUUUUUCGCUUUCAAUCAUCAAAAUUAUGCCAGAUACUUAACCAUAUAUUUAAACAAAUUAGAAAAGAUUGAAGAAACUCAUCCUGGUUUGAUACAAGAGUACGGAGAUUGCUUCUUUGGCAUAAGAAGGACCACAAAGCCAUUUUCAAGAAACCCCAUCGACAUAACACUAGAACAGACUAUAAAUGCACAUGCUGCUUCUAGAUCAUCAGGCAUUAUAAAUAUGACAAAUUCUGUGGGUGCUCGGCAAAAAUGGGCUAUUACCCAUUCACUGCGUACUAACAUGAUUUCGAAAUUAAUGGAUUUCUGCAAUUUGUAUUCAAAGGAUGAUAUAACCAAAGAUUUAAGGAAAUCUUCUAUCUGUCACAGCAAUAAAAAUGUUGAAAAUUUGUUAACUAUAAUACAGCAAUGUACGAAUCCUUUUUCAAGCAAUUUAUCUCAAGAGAAUUUGUACAAUAUAUCUUCAGGGCAAUCAGUAUCUGAAGAUAUUUACACAUUCUUAUCUAAUAUUGAAACUACAGGAGAGCUGCAACGAAUUAAAUUUAUUACUGAAUCUCAAAUAGACCCAGAAAGGUUUGACAAGGCUAUUUUAAAAAACACUGUUGUUAAUUUUGCUUCAAAAUGUGUCAAAAAAGUAAAAAUUAAUGGAAAAGUCAAAGAAGUUACCAUUCAAAGAGACAUUUUUGGAAGAUUAUUGUAUGCGUCGCUGCAAAGCCAUAUAGAUCUAAAAGAAGCGUUGAAAUAUCCGCUGACGCCUAUUCCAUUUUCUUUAUGCCACUCUGACGGAUCUAUUUGUAAAACCCAAAAAUCAGUGAUUUUCGAGGAGUUGAAGUCAUAUCAGGAAGAGAAUGGCAAUCCUCCGAAAGCCGAUAUCCAUAUCUACGAUGGCUUCUAUUUGCUCCACACAUUGAAAAAUGUACCUAAUACAUACGGGAAAAUUUCAAUGUAUAUUUUUAAGCUGUUGGUAUCAGAUAAAAAAGAAGUCCACAUUAUAUUUGACAAAUUCAACGAUCCAAGUAUAAAAGAUUAUGAACACCGCCAAAGAGGAGAGGAUGAUACCGUUCAUAGCGUGCAUAAAAACAAUAAGCGACCCUCUGAUUUUGGGAAACUGUUAAGAAGUAAAAAUUUCAAAGAAAGUUUCGUUGAAUUUUUAAUCGAUGAUUGGACUGAUGAUUGUUUUGUUAUUUUAUGCCAAGAUAAAAUAGUCAAGUUAAGUUAUGGAACUUCCUGUUACUCUUACCAAGUACAUGAAAAUCAUAUUAAAAAAACUACAGAUUACAACUUAUGUUGCUUUCACGAAGAAGCAGAUACCAAGAUUAUGUACCACAUAUGCCAACUGCCUAAUAAUUACAACGUUGAAGUCCAUUGCACUGACUCGGAUAUACCAGUAAUUAUUCUUGCAAAUAUGAAAUAUUUAAAAGCAGAUAUUCAAAUUACGGUAAAUAUGUGUUCGAACAAAAAAAGAGAGUAUUUGAAUAUGAAUAAAAUUUACCAAGGAUUAGGUGACAAAUUAGCAAGAGCCCUAACCGUUUGUCACAUAUUUACGGGUAAUGAUUUUAAUCCAGCUUUUUACAGAAAAGGGAAAAAAAGACCAUUUGCCAUACUAAAAAAAAAAACAAUCGUAUCAAGAUGCUUUUAUGCAGCUACUAGAAACGGUGCCGAAAUAUUUGGAUACAGAACACGAAGUAUUUAAAUCUAUUGAAGAGUAUGUAUGCCAAAUAUAUAGUUUAAAUACAAAAAAUGAUAUCGAUAAAGGCAGAUUCGAAGUAUUUGAAAGAAAAUAUAAAAAUAAAAAUGAAAAUGACAAAAUUUGGAGAAAAAACCUAAAAGGGUUCGACGCAUCAAAUCUUCCACCAACCAAAAAAGAGUUAUUGCAACAUAUAAAACGAACCAUUUAUAUCAGUAACGUGUGGUGCAAUGCUCACCUGAGGCGACCUACAGACCUUGAUAUUCAAGAGUGCGGGUGGUUAAAUAUCGAUGGCAGCUUUGAGUUUUUUUGGUUCGAUGGCGAGCAGUGUCCCACAUUCCGAGAGAUAGCUGCUCAUUCAGUUUCCACUUCUGAUGAUCAGGAUGAGGGGGAGCCGUCUUCCGAUGAGAGUGAAGAUGAACAAAAUUUGUACCUAUCUGAAGAUUCAGAAUUUGAAGAUAACGAUAAUUAAUCAACAAUUUAUGUAUUUUUAAGAAUUAUUUGUUACAUAAUAUUUGAUGUUUUUUUCAUUGUAUAUGUAUACAAGAAUAAAAAAACUGCUAAACGCCGUAAAAAUGAGUGGCGCAUACAAUAUUCCAGCUACAAAUGAACUGAUAUAAAUAUUACGUGGCGCAAGAAUGUAUUUUCAUUUUGAUCGAAAAUAAAAUUCUAGUUUUAUUUUAAAAGAUGUUUCCAUAAUCAUGCUCAUUUGUAGCUGGAAUAUUGUAUGCGCCACUUAUUUUUACAGCGUUUAGCAAUUUUUUUAUUCUUGUAUCAGGAGUUUUUCAAAGUUAUUUAUAAAUUAAAUGUAUGA